GGAGUGUGACGUCAGAGCAAGAUGGCGGCGUCCGGCGUGAGGAGCUUGGGGAAGGUCGGCAGGCUGCUUUCCCGCGGCGCGGCUUUCCCAGCAGUGACCCCGGGCCCGGUCCCCACGCGGCUGUGCGCGCGAGCUCACGGCGGCUUCCCACGCGCCUUCCCACGCGCCUUCCCACGCGCUGCGACGCUCAGGUGUGUGUUCCUGCUCGGAGGUGGACUCGGUUUGUACCACAGCGUUAAACACUCACUGCAGAGACACCACGCAGAGCAGCAGCAGGCACCGGAUCCUGGAUGGGAUCUGAAGCUGACGCUGUAUCAGUAUAAAACCUGUCCGUUCUGCAGUAAAGUGCGCGCCUUCCUGGACUAUCAUGGCCUCCCGUAUGAAGUCGUGGAGGUUAACCCCGUCAUGCGGCAGGAAAUCAAGUGGUCCACGUACAGGAAAGUUCCCAUCCUGAUGGUGAACGAAAGCAUCCAACUGAACGACUCGUCUGUCAUCAUCAGCGCUCUGACGACGUACCUGAUCAGCAGGGAGAAGAGCGUUCCUGAGAUCGUGGCCUGCUAUCCGGAAAUGAAGGGGAAGAACGACAGCGGGAGAGAGGUGACCGAGUUCGGGAACAAGUACUGGGUGAUGGUGGACGAAACCAAACACGUGCAGGUCUAUCCAGAGAAGACGUCCAGGCAAGAGGAAAUAAAAUGGCGUAAAUGGGCAGACGACUGGCUGGUGCAUCUCAUCUCCCCUAACGUGUACCGGACCCCGGCCGAGGCUCUGGCUUCCUUCGACUACAUCGUCCGCGAGGGAAAGUUCGGCACGUUCGAAGGCUUCUUCGCCAAGUACGUAGGAGCGGCGGCCAUGUGGCUCAUCUCCAAACGACUCAAAAACAGACACAACCUGCAGGAUGACGUGAGGCAGGACCUGUACAAGGCGGUGAACGACUGGGUGGCGGCCAUCGGGAAAAAUAAGAAAUUCAUGGGAGGAGAAAACCCCAAUCUCGCUGAUCUGGCGGUGUUUGGGGUUCUGAGGGUCAUGGAGGGUCUCGAGGCUUUCGACGACAUGAUGGAGAACACGAAAGUGAAGAAGUGGUACAGACGCAUGGAGAACACCGUGCGCCAUCAUCCCAAAUGAUCCACACCCUUUCGGUUGCGUCUGAAACGGUUCCUUUUACAGAAUUUAACGGCGUCGGGUGUGAAGCCAAUCGGGAGAAUGCGGUGUAAAUGAAUGUACAGAAAGUUCAGCUGAGGAAACGUCUCCUAAUUCCACAAUCAGCAGUGUGAGCUUCUGGGCCUUUACUGUACACUUCAUCUGGGUAAUAUUGUGUCUGAUUAUAGUAAUUUAUUCCUGUCUGUCUCCGUUAUGCUGUUAAUAAGGAGUAACAAGAGCAGCAAUAAAGAGCAAUAAGGUCUGAACUGACUUUACUCGCCAGGUUGUGAGAAUUAUAAAGUCAUGGCGCCCCUUUGACUGUAAUCAGUGCACAUUAUCAACUAAGCAUCAGACGUGUGACACAAAAAAAAAAUAAAUAAAUGAAAAAUCUCUGAAACAAA